CGACCGAGCCAGAUCAGCAAUGCUUCCGAGCGCCCGGCGAGUCCCUUCGCGAGACCGACAAGCAGUUUGAGCGUAUUCUCUUCGCCUUCGCGUCAGCCCAGUGCCGCAAGCCAGCGCGACUCGACUCCCAAUGCAACCGCUUCUCCUGCCUCACCAGCCCGCAAGGCAAGCCUACCACCAGCUCCAGAGGAGACUACUACACCCGGACUCACUCCAUCUUCUCCUAUUGCCAACUUGCGGCCGACUGCCAAGCGAAACAUCACUUCUUCGACAGCGGCAACCGUGAAACCUCCAAUGUUCAGCAUUUCGCAACCGAGGAUUGCAGCGCCCAAGUUGAACGCUGUGGGAGGAGGGGCAUAUAAUCACAUACCCCAGCCUUUGCUGCACAGCAUGAGGGAAUCAUUCGAGGUUUUGGACAGCAACAACACCGGCACAUUGAACUCUGCCUCUGUGUCAGAGAUGCUAUCACAGCUCGGUCUGGAAAACAACACCAAGGCAUUGAAGGAUUUCUUUCCGCCCAAUGGACCAGCCCAGCUCAAUUUGGCACGAUACCUAGAAGUACUCUCUGGUCCGCUGUCGGAUUUGUCGCAACCCGAGGAGCUCAGGGCAGCUUUUGAGGCUUUCGAUGUAGACGAUAGUGGCCAGAUCGACAUAUCCGUGCUUCGAGAUGCUUUGCUGCACACAGCGCCUCAGCCUGGAGAGGACAAUGUCCGGCUCAGUGAGAGGGAGGUGGACAAUAUCCUUGGCGAGUUCACUGGUCGAAGAGCCUUUGGUACCAAGGGUCUCAGCUCUGGCAAGAUGAAGGGCGACGUCUUCAGAUAUCGGGACUUUAUGGCGGGUGUGAGCGGCACAACC